AUGAGAUUCCGGCUGCAUUCCGAGAUGAAGAUACUCGCCCUCAUCUCUUUCUUAAUUCCUCUCACGGCCGCGGCAAAAGAAGACAUUCACUAUGUAAAUCCUCUGAUCGGCUCUACCGCUGGCGGCAAUGUCUUUGCUGGAGCCAGUCUACCCUACGGUUUGGCCAAGCCAGUUGCCGACGUGGAUGGUCAAAACACAGGCGGGUUUUCCACAGACGGGAGCAACGUUACUGGAUUCUCUCAUAUGCACGACAGCGGGACAGGAGGCAAUCCCUCUCAAGGCCAGUUUCCAGUGUUCCCACAACUAUGUCGUGACAAUAUCGUGGACAAUUGCAACUUCAGCAAAGCGGAUCGUGCGACUCACUAUGUCGAGGACUCGGUCAUUGCACGUCCGGGAUAUUUUGCCCUUCAGCUCGACAAUGGCAUCAAGGCGGAAAUGACUGCAGCUGAACGAACUGCCCUGUACCGAUUCACGUUUCCAGAAACUUACGCCUUGAACGGAAGUAUGCUUGACCCGUUGAUUCUUUUCGAUUUGACCGAUCUCUGGGAUAGUCGUCAGAACGCCAGCAUCGGGAUUGACGCAGACACCGGUCGGGUCGUGGGUAACGGCACAUUCCUGCCGAGUUUCGGGGCGGGUUCCUAUCGGGCUUUCUUUUGCGCUGAUUUCGCAGGGGCCCAAGUUCGAGACACCGGUGUCUGGGUCAAUGAUCGCGCAGGGUCAGAACCGAAAGAGUUGUAUGUGACCCGGGGGUUCAAUAACUUCUAUCUCCAAGCGGGUGGAUAUGUGACCUUUGAACGACCGGAUGAUGGAGUUGUCACGGUCAGAGUGGGAGUGAGUUACUUGAGCUCUCAGCAGGCCUGCGCCAAUGCAGAGGCCGAGGUCCCGGAUCCGAUCCCAGAUUUCGGUCGACUUGAGCGAGAAGCCAUCGAUGCCUGGGCCGAGAAAUUGCGUCCGAUUAAGAUCACAUCGGGCGGCGUCAGUGACACCAUGCUCAGUGCCUUUUGGAGCGGCAUCUACCGAACCAUGCUUUCGCCUCAGAACAUGACUGGUGAGAAUCCAUUGUGGGAGAGUGCUGAGCCGUAUUUUGAUUCUUUCUAUUGUCUUUGGGACCAAUUCAGGGCACAAUUACCUCUUUUGACCCUCAUCGACCCUGACACUCAGACGAAACUGAUCCGUAGUCUACUCGAUACCUUCAAGCAUGAAGGAUGGCUCCCCGAUUGUCGCAUGUCGCUAUGCAAGGGCUGGACUCAGGGGGGUUCCAAUGCAGAUGUGGUGCUGACCGAUGCAUAUGUGAAGAAUUUGACAGGCGUUGACUGGGACCUUGCGUACAAGGCGAUGGUCAACGAUGCCGAGAACGAGCCUCUGGAAUGGUCUUACGAGGGUCGUGGAGGGUUACAGAGCUGGAAACGACUCAACUAUGUCCCCUAUCUGGAUUUUGACUAUCUCGGAUUUGGGACCAACUCGCGCAGUAUCUCACGAACGGUGGAAUAUGCUUACAAUGACUACGGCAUCGGAAUCGUGGGCAAGGGUCUCGACAAAGAGGAGAAUGCGAAAUAUUUCUCUCGCGCAAAUAAUUGGAAAAACUUAUUCAAAGCCGACCAGACUUCGUUCUUGGAAAACGGAACUAAUACUGGCUUCACGGGCUUCUUCCAGCCAAAGUAUCUGAAUGGUACAUGGGGGUUCCAGGAUCCGAUUGCCUGCAGUGCGUUGGCGUCGUGGUGCUCCUUGACAUCGAAUCCAUCUGAAACCUUUGAAUCGAGUAUCUGGGAGUAUCUCUUCUACGUCCCUCACGACAUGGCUGCACUAAUCAAACUCCUUGGUGGCCCCGACUCCUUCGUGAAACGCCUCGACUAUUUCCACAAUUCUGGACUGGCCGAUAUCAGCAACGAGCCCGUAUUUCUCACUGUAUACCAGUAUCAUUAUGCGGGCCGCCCAGCUCUCUCGACCAAAAGAGCUCACAGUUACAUCCCGCAAUCAUUCAAUGGCUCACACAAUGGCCUCCCCGGCAAUGAUGACUCCGGUGCCAUGGGCUCAUUUGUCGCCUGGAGCAUGAUGGGCCUAUUCCCGAACCCGGGGCAGAACGUUUAUCUCAUCAGCGCUCCCUUCGUUGAAGCUGUUGAGGUGACUCAUCCCACGACUGGCUGCACUGCGACGAUUCGUAGUACCAACUUUGACCCAAAUUACCAACGAGUCUACAUUCAAAGUGCCCUGCUCAACGGGCAGCCCUACACCAAAAAUUGGAUCGGCCACGAAUUCUUCACGCAAGGCAUGACACUCGAGCUAACACUCGGGGAGCAAGAAAGUGACUGGGGAACGAGAACAGAUGAUCUCCCGCCGAGUUUCAGUGAUGUACAUGUUCAGGAUGAAGUCAAAGGUGCGCGAGAAUGGACCGUCACGAUGGGACAUUGA